AUGCCCGUCUUGUUCCUUCAUCCUCCCUCGCCGCCUCCCUUCCCUCCAGUCCUCGCGGAAGCCGCCAGCAAGACCCGCUCGCAGCCGGCGGCAGGCGAGGCGAGGGACAAGGCUGCUAGUAGCAGCAAGCGGGCGAGCAGCUCAGGUGCGAGCGGAUCGACGUCUGGAAAGAAGCCAGCCCGCUCGCAGCAGCCGGCAGGGCAGACGGCUGGCAGCAAGCGGCAGAGGCAGCAAGAAACGAUGGACGUGAAGCAGCAGAGAUCAGUUGAUGGUCAUGCGGCAGCGAACGGAACUCGUGGGACGGGAGGGAAGGGGCACGUUGUGAAUGGCACGAGGCACGUGAAUGGCACGAGGCCGCAGCGGGGUGGUGCUGCUGGUGGUGCUGGGCUGCGCAAGGAGGGCGGCGGUGCUGUUGGUGGGCGUGGCGGGCGAGGAGGCAGCGUGAUUGGUGUGGUGGGCGCGCGGAUGAGUGGCGAGCAGAUGGUGGGGUCAGCAGGCAUGGCCAAUGCCACGGGCCGCCUGGAGCUGAGGCUUGUCAAGACGGCCACGGACAUGGACGUGCACUACUCGCUCUCCCUCGCGCACCUCUCCUCCCCCUCCCCUCCCACCGCCGCCUCCAUCCACGCAGGCCCCGCCGCCUCCGCCUCUGCCCUGCUGCUGCUCGCCUUCCCCGCCUCCGCCUGGACCAACACCACCCGCCCCUUCCAUCGCGCCUCCAACGCCACCGCUGCUGCCCCCCCUGCGGCUGCGCGCUUCAGCUACGGCGCCAGGGGCGUGUGGGGCAACGCGUCGUCCCUCUCCGCCGCUGCGGGCGGCUCUGUGGCUGCGGCUGUGAGCACCAUUCUCGCUGCCCCCGCCUCCUUCCACGCUCUCAUCGCCACCUCCGCGUUCCCCCAGGGGGCUGUGCGCGGCCAGAUGGCCAACAUGACCCACGGGGGGAAGUAG